AUGGCGUUCCUGGCCACCUUCCUCUGCUGCCUGCUGGCUGCCUGGCCCCGCCACCCGGGCCUCGGGGUGCCUCUGGCGCCUGCCGGUAGCACUCCAGCUGUGGGACAGUUUUGGCAUGUGACUGACUUGCAUUUGGACCCUACUUACCACAUUACAGAUGAUCACACCAAGGUGUGUGCUUCAUCUAAAGGUGCAAAUGCCUCCAAUCCUGGCCCUUUUGGAGAUGUUAUGUGUGACUCUCCAUAUCAACUUAUUUUGUCAGCAUUUGAUUUUAUUAAGAAUUCAGGACAAGAAGCAUCUUUCAUGAUAUGGACAGGGGAUAGCCCACCUCAUGUCCCAGUACCUGAACUCUCAACAGGCACUGUAAUAAAGGUGAUCACUAACAUGACAAUGACCAUCCAGAACCUCUUUCCAAGCCUCCAAGUUUUUCCUGCACUGGGCAAUCAUGAUUAUUGGCCACAGGACCAGCUGCCGAUAGCCACCAGCAAGGUCUACAGUGCUGUAGCUGACCUCUGGAAACCGUGGCUGGAUGAAGAAGCCAUUAGCACUUUAAGGAAAGGUGGCUUCUAUUCCCAGAAAGUUGCAAAUAAUCCAGACUUGAGGAUCAUUAGCCUAAACACGAACCUGUACUAUGGUCCAAACGUCAUGACCCUGAACAAGACAGACCCAGCAAAUCAAUUCGAAUGGCUGGAAAAUACACUAAACAGCUCUCUACAAAAUAAGGAGAAGGUGUACAUCAUAGCACAUGUUCCAGUGGGCUAUCUUCCUUAUGCAACUGAUACCCCAGCAGUGAGGCAGUAUUAUAAUGAGAAACUGGUUGAUAUUUUCAGAAAAUACAGCUCUGUCAUUGCAGGACAGUUCUACGGCCACACCCACAGAGACAGCCUUAUGGUUCUUUCUGAUAGACAAGGAAGUCCAAUAAAUUCUGCAUUUGUGGCACCUGCUGUUACACCAGUGAAAGGAGUUUUACAAAAAGAGACAAACAAUCCUGGUGUCCGACUAUUUCAGUACAAACCUGAUGAUUAUGCAUUGCUGGACAUGUUGCAGUAUUAUUUGAACUUAACAGAAGCAAAUUUAAAAGGAGAAUCCAACUGGACACUGGAGUACAUACUGACUCAGACCUAUGGCAUUGCAGAUCUACAGCCAAGGAGCUUACAUGGAUUGGCUAAACAAUUUGCUACCAUAGACAGCAAACAGUUCUUGAAAUACUACCAUUAUUUUUUUGUGAGUUAUGACAGCAGUGUAACUUGUGAUCAGAAGUGCAAAACCUUACAGAUUUGUGCAAUUAUGAAUCUUGAUAGCAUUUCCUAUGAUGAUUGCCUGAAACAGCAUUUUAUGAAGCACAGCCACGAAGGUGGCUCGGAAGCAUUCACUCUCACGUCUCCGUGGACACGGUGGAACGGGGCUGGGGACAAUGUUCAGAGCAGUGUUUGCUACAGAGCUCAUUUGUCUUCUUUCCUGUUAAGUUCUCAAAUUGCUGCCAAGGGGCGUCAAAGCACCGCAGCAACAAGCCGAGGCCGCUUCUAUUCACCCGAUAAUUCAUUAAUCACCCAUUGA